AUGUUCCCGCAAAUCUUCUUUGCCGUUCUACCUAUUUUCUGCUGUAUCACUGACGCUACACCCAUCAUCGCUUGGAGCCGGAUUGAACUCAAGCCAACCCUAGAAAUUUUGCGUAACGACUUUCCCAAUAGUGAAUCACAAGACUGGAUUCCGACACCCACUUUGAAGGGCUGUCUACGGCAGUGUUACGGAGAACCGGAAUGCAAAUCGAUUAUAUGGUGCUGUGGAAUUGGGUGUCGAAAGAGCGCUUCGUUGCUCAGUGAAUUGCGGAAGAUAUCGAUUGUUGCGCCAGUUGGCGUAGAGAGUUGCCUUGGUUUUGAGAAGAUUGCAGUGGGCGGUAAUGGAGGAAAGUCAAUUACGGAGGGGAACACAGCACCGAUGAUCACAACUACGACCUCGAUGCCAACGAUUCCAUUGCCUCUCACCCCAACCUGGAGCUACAACAAAACGAAUUACUAUUUAAUCGUUGCCAACUGUACGAUGGGAGCCGCCUGCAUCAAGCAUUGUAAUGUUCGGAAUCUGGAACUACCAACGAUACACUCGUCCCUAGAAAACGCAGCCCUAUUACGGCACAUGAGAACUCGCAGCAAAUGUGUGGAUGGCCAGUUGGUUCAUAUUGGGAUGUCUUGGCGAUUCAAUGCAGCAAAUAAACAUCAGAGUAUUUGGCGAGACCGCUCAAAGAUCGUUCACACGAAUUGGAAGACCUCUGAGCCGUCAUUCACCCAUGCCAAAAAUGGUAUCAACUAUAACGAAACCUGUACGCUAAUGCAGCAUUCUGGCGAAUGGAAUGAUGGAAACACUACCUGGAAUCGGGUUGACGUGAAAAAUCUGGACGUUGUUGUGAUCCUCCCAGACGCGGGUGAUCGGCUUUGGGCGCAAGGCGCUACAUUUAAGGCCUGCUUGAAGGGCUGCAUUUUCAACGUCACGUGCAAAUCUUUUAUCUGGUGCCUUGUGGAAGGAUGUCUCCAGAUGGGUGGAUCGCUCAGCUCCAUGGAUGCAAUUACUGCAUGCGUCGGUUAUGAGAUUGCGGCGGGUUCUGAUCGUGAUACCUCUGAAGUAGAUGAGUUGCCAACCACGAAGACGUGGGCAUGGGUGGAAUGCGUACUACUAUGCAAUUCACUCAAUCUCCAAUUACCAACCGUUCAUUCGACGCAAGAAAACGCAGCGCUACUGUCCAAAAUGCUCAAACUUGGCGAAUGCGUGGACGGCCGGGUGGUGCACCUAGGGAUGGGCUGGCGCUAUGCUAAAGAUGGAAGCUAUCAGAAUUUCUGGCGUGAUGGUUCGACGAUCGAUUUUACGAAUUGGAAUGAUAACGAGCCAUCAUACAUCCAUAUCAAGAACAACGUCACCUACACGGAGCCAUGCACUUUGAUGCAGUCCGAUGGCGGAUGGAAUGAUGUGAGCUGUGUGCUGCUGCUGAUGAUCAAUCGGGCACCUUGUGUUUGCAUGCAGCGUUGC